AGUAGGCAUGUAAUAAGCGGAAUAAUGUACAAGCAGCCGGCUGUUAUGGUGAAAUAAGACCCUUCGGUGUGACACAAGACCCUCUUCUGGGAUUAUUUCUGCCAUGACAACCGGCUGACUGGACAUGAUCUCUUACUGGAAAACACUCAAAAGAGUUAGGAAGAGAUGGCGAGAUGAUCAGAGGCAUUAGUCUAAAUAUAGAGUGCAGUUUCAUAAUCCUCAUUACAAACCACUUCUGUGGAAACUACACACACAGCUGUCUGACACACAACACCAGUUCAGACAACUCUUAACACACACACACUCACAGUCAGUCAUGGAGCGCUUCACCGCACCUGCUACUGUUAAACUACGGCAGAUCCAAAAAAUUGUUCAGGACAUUAAGAAGAAUGACGACAGUCUUUUCAACCGAUUAAAACGGUUUCAGACUGAACAAACUGCUAAUAUUCUCAAAAGCGGGAGAAAUACGUUGGACCGGAUCAAGAAAAAGGGACCACCAAAAGUUCCUACAAGAGACUAUCAGGGUGACGCAGCAGAAAGUGAGAAGUAUUCUGACUCAGAUUUCGACAGUGACACGUAUGAAGACCCUCAGGGUGACCAUGACGACAACUAUGAACCUCCACCGAGAUCUGAAGGUCACGCUGUGAAGGGCUUCAGUGUUUCUCCGUCCAUCGCAAACUCCAGAGGACAGUAUGUGGACAGCUGUCGUGGUCGACCCGUCCCUUCCUUUCAUCUGCCACAGAGGAACAAACACCCGUCAGCCAGCAGAAACCAGCGAACAGAGAACCAGCACCGGCAGGACAACGAGAAUGACGAUUACAUUGAACCCCAGGAGGAGGAGGAGGAUGAUGAUGAUGAUAACUACAUCGACCCCACUGAAGAAACACCAACAAAACCUUCUGUUAACAGAGGAGUCAAGCCAUGUGUCCGUGCUCAUGUACACAGUCCAGAUGUCUAUGAAGUGCCUGACGUAGGGGAGAAUUGUCAGUUUGACAAGAGCAGGACGAACACACACGUGAUUCCUCCUAAAGUCAGUCCAAGAAUGAAAAUCAGAAGACCAACUGUGACUCCAAAGCCAAACUCUGAGGAUGAGUAUGAAACGUGUGAUGCAGAUGACGGUGUUAAUAAAAGGCCAGAAGAGACCAGAAGACCGUCCAUUCCCACACCUCGACCCAGAGACCUGAAGAAAUCAAGUCCUGCUUUGACUCCGAAACCAAACGUUGCUCACAGAGAUACUGAAGCAGACAUCGCGAGUCCGCCGACAACUGGAUUCUACCGAGUCACAAGGCCUCUGACCCGACAGAUUGCCACCCAGGGCAGAGAGAGCAGAGCCGCUGGAGACGCUGAAGAGGAGGCGGGUGUGUACGGGAAGGUUUGGUACGCCAGCAGCUGUGAUCGCAGGACGGCGGAGGACGCUCUCAUUCGCUCGGCUAAGGACGGCUCGUUUCUGCUCAGGAAGAGUUCCGGCGUGGAUGCCCAGCAGCCGUACACACUAGUGGUGUUCUACAGCGGGCGCGUGUACAACAUCCCCGUGCGCUACAUCACUUCAUCCAAACAGUUCGCGCUGGGCAAAGAGAAACAAGGAGAAGAGCGGUUCAGCAGCGUUUCAGACAUCAUUGAGAAUCAUCAGAAGAAUCCUUUAGUUCUGGUGGAUUCACAGAACAACACCAAAGACUCCACCAAACUCAAACAUGCGGUGAAACCAUGAGAGACCUGCAGAAACCACAUCAAACCAUCAAACCGCUGUGUGUAGAGAUGAAAACUGACCAGGAUAGAACGACGUCAUCUGGGACCUGCUGCUACCUUUCACAUUAAUAAACAAAGUAUGGCUGAAAAACAGUGAAAGUAUAAAGAGUUUUAUUAUUUGCGUUCAUCCGCCCUACAGAAGGAGGUCAUCACACCGCUCGGUGUAUCAUUCAUCCUUUUCUUGGUCAGUAACGGUAAAAAGGUCAAAUAUAUCAUUUGUUAUUAAGACCUUGCUUAUGAAUGGUUUGUUUUGUGUAAAAAUGUUGUAAGCAUUAAAAAAUUAAAACAAAGAAAUGUUCGAUUUGGUAAAUGUUUAAUAAUAAUAAUACAUUUAUUUGUCUAUAGUGCCUUUAAAAGUUUACAGCUUUACAGCAAACAUCACAUCAGGUAAAACAACAAAGUAAUGGGCGAUGAUGAUGUUAUCGUAUAUCGCCGAUGUCUCGCAAAUAUCCCGAUGUCGAUUACAACAGACAGAUACCAGGCGAUAAUCGAUAACAAUGGAAAAUACGCGUUAUAACAUUAUCAUGCGAUGUAGGCUUUAGCGUGAAGGUUCAUGUUCAUAUGCACAGGCAGUCAGUAAUAUGGUGGUUUUUCUAGACAUAUUAUUGACUUUUCUUAUAUUCUAAAUAUAUUACUGAGUUUUCUUAUAUAAAAUAGUUUUCUUAUAUAAAAGAGUACAUUUAAAGGUAGUUAUAGAGUUCAUGCACUUCUCUGAUCUUAACAAGGGCUACGGGCCUCAUGUAUGAGUUUGAACACUUGAACACCUGCGUACACACCAAAUAUCUUCUCACACUAAACAGGAACUGCACGUACACCACAAACACUUUUGUAGAGAGGUUUAAUUAAGAACGCUGGGUUGUUUAUCAUUAUCACUAAACAAUGAGCUCAUUUUUAAUAAAACACACUUUUGUAGAGAAGUUUAACAGCCAAGGACGCUGGGGUGCUCGUUAUCACUAAACCAUGAGUUCAUUUUUAAAACCAAUGUUAAAUCAUGUAUCGUCCGAAAGCCCCCGGAAAGGUGUCAAGAUAAAGAGCACAUGAUAUACGUAUGUGUUGAUUGAAAGGCGCUCCCUACGAUUAAGUCCUAAUAUGGUAGGCCGGAAAUAUAACUGUAGCGAGCGCAGGCUGAAAUGUAACUGUAGCGAGUGAUAAGGGGAUGGACCAAUAAAAUAAGUGAUGUCAUGUAAAACAUGAUUGGUUUGAACUGUGAUAAUAACUUGAGAACAAUGUAUAAAAGAUGGAGUCAGACAUGUAUUCAUUGGACAUCAUCAGAUGAACUCUGUAUGUCUCUCUUUGAUUGCUCGAGCAAAUAAAGAUUGAAACCUCUUGAAACCUG